AUGCUGAUUAGGUUGUUUCAAAGAUCAUUACAAAGUCGGCCUCUUCUAACACAAAUUGUUGCAUCAGGUGUCAUUUGUGGAGCGGGCGAUGCGUUUACUCAGAUUGCAAUUGAAAGGAGACAGUUGAAGAAUUACGAUUAUGCAAGAACUGGAAGAUUUUUUAUUCUUGCAUCAGCUUUCAUAGCCCCAUGCCUUAAUAAAUGGUUCAGGGUGCUGGAAAGGGUGAGAGGUAAUCCAAAAGUUGUUCCGCUGGUUCGUGUAGCCAUUGAUCAGCUAACGUUUGCACCCAUAUUUAAUGCUGUGAUCUUACUCAAUCUGCGACUGCUAGAGGGAUUAGGGUUUGAUAUAUCUUGGAGAAAAAUGAAAGAGGAUUGGUGGACUAUAUAUUCUAGCAGUUUGGCGGUCUGGCCUGCCGUACAAUUGAUCAAUUUCUACUUGAUACCACUUAACAUGCGAGUGAUAAUCGUUCAACUGGUUGCCUUUUUCUGGAAUGCGUAU